CCUCUUCUCUCUCUUUCUCUAACGCCAGCUAGAAAACCAUAUAACAUGCUAAGUAACAUGUGAUAACAUAUCACAACGGUAUCACCAAACGCCGGUGCUGCGGGUUUCGUGUAUACUUUUGCAUCGAACGUUUUUGUUAUACCUUCCGCUAGUUCUAGUGCUAUCUUGGUUGUUGUUUUGUUUAAAAGUGAAGUUUAGUCAUCAUGGGGAAAUAUAAAGUAAAGGUGGGUAUUAUUGGUGGCUCAGGUCUUAAUGAUCCAGACAUCUUGGAGGGUCGAGUUGAACAUAAGAUAUCUACACCAUUUGGGGAACCUUCCGACUGCCUGAUUGAAGGCAAAAUAAGCGGAGUGAACUGCGUCUUAUUGGCAAGACAUGGACGCAAACAUGACAUUAUGCCAAGCAAGGUAAAUUAUAGAGCUAAUAUUUGGGCACUGAAAACUCUUGGUUGCACUCAUGUUAUAGCAUCAACUGCAACUGGUUCUUUACAAGAAGACAUAGCUCCAGGUGAUCUUGUCCUUCUUGACAGCUUUGUUGACAGAACUAAGUCUCGUGAAGCUACCUUCUUCGAUAACAGUUACAGUGAAUUGAUGGGUGUUUGCCAUGUUCCCAUGGAUCCUGCCUUUUGUCCUGAAACUCGUCAAUUGUUUUUAGAAGCAGCAAGUAAAUUAGGUCUAAAAAUGCGUCCCACAGGCACUUGUGUCACAAUUGAAGGACCCCGCUUUUCCAGCAAAGCAGAGAGUCUUUUGUACAAAAGUUGGGGUAUUCAGCUCGUAAACAUGACCAUGGUUCCAGAGGUAUGUCUUGCAAGAGAAGCAGGGCUCUGUUAUGCUGCAGUUGCAAUGGCGACAGACUACGAUUGUUGGCGUGACAAAGAGGGGAGCGUCUGUGUUGGUGAAGUACUUGCAACUUUCAAACAAAAUGUUGCAAAGGUAACUAAGCUCUUUCGGGAAGUAGUACCAAUGAUAGGAGCUCAUGAAUGGGAUACAACUAUUGAUGAUUUGAAGAGCCUUGUCUCAAGCGGAUUUAUGUCAGCACCACAAAAAUAGGGAUACUUGACAUGCGAUUGUUGGACAUUUUGUUAUGUGCUUCAGGCUUCAACUUUGAAUCUAUUAAACAAAUUUAUUCAAGAAUAUGAA